CUCCAGCGAGCCUGUGGCUGUGUAGUAUAAAAAAUGGCGAAUUCUAGCCACCUAGUACUCGUUGUAGUUACAGUUGGAACGCCAAACAAGGGUGAACUUCUAUCAUAAUUUAUUAGAUCAAUGUCGCUUGCUUUUUUGCUUCUAUCUUUGUCUUUCAGCUUUCGUAAUCCAUCAACAUCAGUCCAUCGUGGAGUAGAAGUCCAAGUCUACUUAUUGCAUCCUACGCGAGUUUGAAAAUUGCCUAGUUCUAGUACGUAAACGUAUAUAAGAAUGUUGACGGCCGAAGCGUUUCGUCCUCUGUAUGAGUCUCGGUCGGAAGAUGUGUGGACCGAUGUCUGUCGCAGGUUGAUCGCCGAGCAUGGACCCGUGGCAGUGGAGCGAUUCAAGCACUAUGUCACCUUACCGAUGAGCAGGUCUAACAUGUCCUCAACGACCGAGCUUGAGAACGAAACAGCGGCCUCGUCUUCUAAGGAAGACAUUUUUGCUGGAGGAGAAAGAUUUGUUUCUGCCGUUGAAGUCAAAGAGGACCUGGAGAAAAAUCAAGAUACGAAGCAAAAAAAAGACGGCUCUGCAGCAGCUGGUGCUGAUCGAAUAAAAGGGGAGGCGCGGACACCUUGUACUACAGAAGACCGUAGUACAAAUAAGCCAGCAAUCGGCGCAACUACAGACGUAGAUGAUGUCCCGAAUCAAGCUACAUCGAAGGUGCCGCUGUCAGGCGGGACGGAGCAAAUCGGGGGUAGUUCAGGGUCGCGUGCGAAAUACAAUUUGUUAGAUCCUGGGGACGCUCCGAGUCAUCUAGCGCCCGAUUUGAAUCAGGGGAAUCUGUUGCUGCAUCUGUGUGUCCUGAGGAACUUUUGCAGCCUCAUACAUACUUUGGUAUGAUCAACUUCUUUCACUUUUACAACAAAUUGAUAGCACAAAGAUUUUGUUAUUGUUUGAUGCUGUCAAAAAAAAACUAGCGGGAUUGCCCUCUAACUAACUUCUUUUCGUCGUAUUGACAUAAUCUUCGCAAAUACUUAUAUAAAAUCGAUUGAAAUUGUCUUGUAGUUGAAGCCCUUCCCCUUCCUAUUUCGUGACUCCACCUCCACCAGUCCAACUCCAAGUCCAUUCUGAAACAAAAAACCUAAUGCAACUCUAAAGGUAUGCGACUACGACUUCGACAUUGAUAUCACUCGGGACUCCGAUCGCAACACCUGUAUGCAUUUAGCGCUCUUUGAGACGCGGAAGAAGGAUAUGGUGGAAAAGCUUGACUUUCUAGGUGCCGACUUGGACCGAAAAAAUGCCUACGGGGUCGACUGCGAACAGGCAUUUCAUUCCUUUAACGAUUAUGACAGAAGCGGUCGUAAGCGAGGAAAUACAUGAACAAGAACAUGCAUCAAUACUUAUAAAUAUAUUAAUAUUUAUUAAACGAGCAGAAACAUAUUUAACGAGCAUAUUAAUAUUUCUAAAGUUCGUACUCCUACUCCAGCAACACUGUUCUCUCCGCUUCGAUGCUUAUUUAAGGAGCAUUCACGACUUCCACUAAAACUAAUGAAGAGCAGCUGGGAGUGAAGUUGGUACGUGUUUCUUGAAAAUUACCAUCACCACCUUCACGUUCACGUUCACGUUCACCCGGUAGAUACCAACUAAUUCAAAUUCUUUCAAACUUUCUACUUGAUGUUCUUGGAUACGACCACACGCAUACCAUAUCCGUAACAACGUUAGCCACAAGCACAAGUAAGUAGGCAUUCCUUCUUUCAUGAGAGCAGUAAAGAGAACAUCAUCUUCCUGGACUUGGAACUGACGAAGGGAUUUUACGAGCGCGAGGAAGAGAUUGGAAUACCUCGAAGGAUCAUCGAGCUUGCCUGCGUGAUCACCGACAAAAACCUGAAGGAACUAGGCAGGGGAUCAUGGGUGGUACUUGAAGACACUUCGUUUUAGUUCAUACUUCAUAGCGCGAUUUAUUUUUAUAUGCUGAAUGAAAGAAAUUGAUUUUGUUUUUGAUGGAAGUACUACUACUACGUUGACGUUGUAGAUGCUGACUUUCCUUUUGGCCAAGGGUGUGGACUACUCGUUAGUUACGUUGAUACUGCACCUGCAGUUGUUGCUACAAGCCUUUUUCAACCCUACAUUCCACUUCGCAGAUUGGCGGAUUCUCGAAGGAAUUUUUAUCGCGGUUGCCUUACUUCCACCAAAAAAAUUUUCGAGAUUCCGAAUGUGGUAGGCAAUUUGAGCCGCUUGUCGAGCCGAAUUCAGGCUACGUCUUUUACGGAAACAAUCUCUUCAGCGACAUGAUAUCCGAAAGAGCUGUUACGACGGCCACUGCCGAAAGAGAGUGUCUCGCUCUUUUGAAGGAAUUCUGUCCGCAAGGGGCGUGCCCACUAAGCGGAAACUCGAUCCAGUGCGAUCGAGAGAUUGUACUACUCCUAGUCCUACUCCUACAUCACCUACACUUACUAGAUUUCUAAGAAGUUGAUGAAUAUGAAACUUCGACAGCCUGUCGUUAUCCUCCUUAGUUCUUUUUGGUUUUUAUUCCACUCGCGCCUACCUGGACCACCUUCCUCUUCCUUUUUUAUAUGACCCAAAAAAAUGAAUUCACAGCUCGCAGAAGAGAUGCCGGAGAUAUACCAGUGGCUAUCGCACCGGAUUUUAGAUGUCUCGACCUUUCUUGGUGUGGCGGAGCGAUGGAUGCCACAUAAAAUUGAGAUGUGGAGGUGGCAUCAGAAACAGGUAGCAAGAAUGUUGGAGGUCAACUUUUGUACUACAUCUUCAGGUUACUCCUGUAUUAUAUUUAUGCCGCUAUUAUAUCGUUAGGGCCACAACGAGAGAUACUAGCUUCCUUGGUGUACCUGUACUAGGUCUAGGCAAGAGAAGCCUUCUAAGAGUAGAAGUUUUGUGAUCAUGUAUAAUGAUAAUCUGAAUCUGAGAAGCACUCAAAAAUGAAUCUCAACAACAGGUUUCCAAUUACAAUCAUCGGGCGUUGGAUGAUACACUGUCGAGUAUUCAGAGCAUGGCGUGGAUUCGAGAAAACCUGCUCUAUCCAAGCGACCACAAAUUAGCUGAGUGGGAGGAGCAAAAACAGCGAUGGCGAGACGAAGAAGAACAUGAAUGGGAGGACGAAGAAGACGCAGAAGGAGACUUCUACCAAGAGUUACAGUUAUGCUUCUGCUUUUCUAAUUUUACUCCUCGAUAACUAUAGAUCUAUUGCGCCCUACCAUCUGGAUUCUAUAGCAAAAGAACUCAUGAUGAUCAGCUUAUGAAUGAAAUACUUCAGCUUUUGCAUCACAAAUGGGAUGCGUAUUAUGAAUCAUUCAAGCUCAACGUUCUAGUUGUGAGCAUGAUGAUACGUCUAACAAAACACGAGAACGGUUUCUACGACCACGAGGGCCACUACGAUGCGGAUCAGCACUCGCCUAGCAAAAUGGGCGAUUAUGCGGCUAGUGUCAGUCAGUAUGGGAACAGCUCCGCGUGGAACGAGGCGUCAAACGCGGACUACAACUGUCACAGAGGCGGACCUGCAGGAGCUUUCAGCGGUGGACCGAGCAGCACACCCCACUGCGAGAGACUUAACGCGGCAACUUCCGGGCCAGCUUCUCGAGCGAACUCGCAGCCCCGAAGCGAUCCUUCCCCUAGCGUAUUGAAGGGCAAGAAGGGGGCUCCACCUAGAACACCGCCACCUGUUGGUCCACAGGGAACGACACGAGGAGGAGGUCCGUACUUCGCUUCUUCAGGAGGUCCCUCUGAAGUAAAUGGGGGGAAAAGCAAUACUAGUGUAUGGCAAAACGGGGGAACUCCGGGGACACAAGGACAAGCAGGAGGCUUUCCCCCCGGUAGCAAGACGACACCUGCAGCCAGUAGUUCGACAUCGGGCAAAGGUUGUGGCAAGUUCCUACAUCCUCGCUCUUUGAGUCGCGGUGACGCUACAAGUGCUAGCCCAUCAAAACGCUCGGUGCAUUCUGCAGGGAUGGCGACGGAAAAUUCGACGAAAAUAGCGACAGCCUAUGACGCCUUUUCGGGGCCUCCCUCACGCGGUGGCUCUAGCACAUUUGUGCCGGGGAGCGCUGGAAGCGGUAGACCGCCGUACUACGCUAACAACUCCUACAUGAUGAAUGGGACGCAACCUCUUGAAUAUUCAACGUCGGCAGGCAGUGGCAUGGGAGGGAAACCCUCUGGGAACGGAGGAAAGAGUCAUCAUCAGCAGUGGUCCUCGCCCAGCAGAAGUCCCGCUGCAUCCCGUGGCCGCCCUCCUAAUGCGGGUGGGGGACCGCCGCGCAAUGUCCUAGAAGGUAAGAAAGGACCGGGCGGGACGGUGUCCGCCUUUUCGUCACCAGGAAAGUCACGUGCGCCUGGGACAUUGCCUGGAAUGGCGCCACAGCUCAAAUCCACGUCACUGGCCCGAUCGCCCACAGGCAGUCGCGGAGGACAGUAUCACCAGCCGUCCAAUCCUGCAAACGGCAUUGCCAGCGGUCCAGACGAGGCAAACAAUGCGGAAGCGGCCGUCGCGGGAGGUGGAACUCUGUUCAACAAGAAGCCGGGGGCUCGAUACUACCCCACCGGUGGGAGUCCGACAAAAGGCGGACCUUCAGGCGAUAAGCCACCCGAGAAAGACAAGCUCGACAACUGGGGCCAGCCAUCGGAUCAGCCUCCGACUAUGACAAGUAGCGCCGCGCCCCUGCGUAGAGGAGACGGCGCAUCAAACCACGCAAAAUGGUAGAGAAGGAGCAAGGGCAAGCGUCCGGCCUCUCCUUUCUUAUAAAUGUAUAGUCAAGGGCUUAUGAUCAAGUUUUUGUAUCAUUAUCCUUGAACUAUUUGGCCAGCACUGGCACUGCCACAUAAUUAUAUCUUAUAUAUGUACCAGGGAGGGAGGCCCCCCCCCCUGUGGAUGGAUCUGGGGUGGACCACGCCAGAGGGGUCCAGCCUUGCCACCUUUGCCAGGUCUGUCGAGGGGCUGCCGGGCGGGAAGGCCUCAAAGCGCCCACUUCUGACCCCUUCCCGCUUCUUGCGUGUACCCUACAGACCUGGCAAAGGUGGCAAAGGCUGGGCCCUCUUGUCGUGUUGCAUGUACCCUACAGACCCGGCAAAGAUGGCAAGGCUGGAGCCCUCUGGCGUGUUGCAGGUACCCGACAGAGCUGGUAGAGGAGGCAAGGCGGGACCCACCUCCUUGGCGUGCUGCGUGUACCCUACAGACCUGGCAAAGAUGGCAAGGCUGGAGCCCUCUGGCGUGUUGCAGGUACCCGACAGAGCUGCCAGAGGAGGCAAGGCGGGACCCACCCCCUUGGCGUGCUGCAUGUACCCGACAGACCUGGCAAAGGUGGCAAGGCUGGACCCCUCUGGCGUGUUGCAUGUGCCCGACCCUACAGACCUGGCAAAGGUGGCAAGGGUGGACCCCUCUGGCGUGUUGCAUGUGCCCAACCCCACAGACCGGGCAAAGGUGGCAAGGGUGGACCCCUCUGGCGUGUUGCAUGUGCCCAACCCCACAGACCGCCCGGGCAAAGGUGGCAAGGGUGGACCCCUCUGGCGUGGUCCACCCCAGAUCCAUCCACAGAGGGGGGGGGGGCUCCCUCCCGGGUACAUAUAUAGAUACUACAACUACACACUCAUCAUAGGCCUCACACAACUUCAGCUUCAAGAACCGCACUCGAGUCUCAGUAUCAACUUUUGCACAUUGUUUGCCCAAAGAAUGAUGUUGCGAAGAAGCCGCGAUACUUUCACAUGAUAAACCUUGUAGAUGAUGACUAUUUUCUUAUCGUUCUUGCAAAGCUUCUGUAUAUACCUACUCAGCUACUUCUCAUGCGGUUGUCAUAUCCGACGUGCUUUGUUUUUGUCGGAUGUGGGGUGUACGCGCCCACUCUUGCUCUUGGAAACAGGGUGCAUCAGUUGCAUCAAACCUAUGAACAAAAACAAUAACAAUUCCUUAUCCUUACAAGAUAUAUCUUCAACAUCGCUACACUAAACUUGUUCUUUCUUGCUAUCUCAAAUCUUGCAUAAGACCAGCGCCAAGAAGGAGGAGCACGCUAAUGAAAUACUUUCACGCAGUCGUGAACGUGCAGUCGAUGUAUCUAUCUUCACAACUGUUGAAUACAGCGUCUGGGCCACAGGGUCGCCCCGGUCGACAGACGGCCACACUCGAUUUUUCAUCGUGUUACACAUUCACCUCUAAGACAAAGGAGAAAUCUAGAGGCGAAAAGACGAGUGCUUGUUAAAUACCAAUUUCUAUAUCUAUUAUGAACUGUCUUACUCCUUCGAAGUACUGAUCUUAGAACGGCCGAGGUCCAUCUUACUAUUAUGAACUGUCUGGUAGUCCCUCUGAGGCUCCGGACGUUCGCCCGAGGAUACAGGUCAAACUGUGGACGGCGAGCCAAC